CUGUGUGUCUCUGUGUGUCUCUGUGUGUCUCUGUUUGUCUCUGUGUGUCUCUGUUUGUCUCUGUUUGCCUCUGUUUGUCUCUGUUUGUCUCUGCAUGUCUCUGUUUGUCUCUGUGUCUCUGUUUGUCUCUGUGUGUCUCUGUGUGUCUCUGUGUGUCUCUGUGUGUAUAUGUGUGUAUCUGUGUGUCUGUAUACUGUGUGUCUCUGUCUGUGUGUCUGUCUGCUUGUCUAGUCUUACUCCAUCAGGAAGGUCACCCUGCGAUGUGUCAUCGCUCCGUGCUCCACUCCACAACGGCCACCCUAUGGACUGCAGGAACAUGUACAACCCUAUGACCCCUAACCCCAUGACCCCUAAUCCCAGGACCAACCCUAACUCUGGGGUCAACCCCAUGGACCAGUACAUGCAGCCCCCUCUGGCCCCCCCACUGCACAGCAUGAUGGGACACCGUGGCAUGAAUCAGUUCUCCGAUGGUGGAAACAGCUCCCCCUACUGUCAGAACAACCUCAUGUCAUCCCACUAUGGCUUCCCCCACGGCCACGGAUCAGACCACAUGGGAGGUGGUUGGCGGUUCUCCACGCCUCGCUCCAUGCUGAAGCUGAGUAAGAAGCGUGCUCUGUCCAUCUCUCCUCUGUCUGACGCCAGCAUGGACCUCCACACGGUCAUCAGGACCUCUCCUAACUCACUGGUGGCAUUUGUCAACUCACGAUGUGGACCAAAUGGAGGCUCCUCCUAUGGACAUCUGUCUGUUGGUGCUAUGAGUCCGUCUAUGGGUCUCUCCAACUCCAUGAACUACCAGUCCAGACAACAAGGCUCAAUGUACGGUGGACACACCCCGGGACCCUGCCACGCCCCUCCCACUAGAAUACCCCCACACAACCCCCGACUCCACCCACCCAAACAUGGACACCUGAAGACAGAACCCGGACUGGGCAAUGUGAUGGAUGGGAUCAAUAUUAAGUGUCUGGAGGAGAGAUCCGAGGGAGACAUGGCCAGCCCUUCUUCCCCUGGCACACAGGAUCCUCUGCUGGGUCUGCUGGACUGCCGGGAGGAUCUGGAUAGGGAGGAGAAACCGGAGCCAGAGGUCAUCUAUGAGACCAACUGCCACUGGGAGAGCUGCAGCAAGGAGUUUGACACGCAGGAGCAGCUAGUGCACCACAUCAACAAUGAGCACAUCCACGGAGAGAAGAAGGAGUUUGUGUGCCACUGGCAGGAGUGUUCCAGGGAGCAGAGACCAUUCAAAGCCCAGUACAUGCUGGUGGUUCACAUGCGUAGGCACACAGGAGAGAAACCACAUAAGUGUACUUUUGAGGGCUGUAAUAAGGCCUACUCUCGCCUGGAGAACCUGAAGACCCACCUGAGGUCUCAUACGGGGGAGAAACCAUACGUCUGUGAACACGAGGGCUGCAACAAAGCCUUCUCCAACGCCUCAGACAGAGCCAAGCACCAGAACCGUACACACUCCAACGAGAAGCCUUACGUGUGUAAGAUCUCUGGGUGUACUAAGCGCUACACAGACCCCAGCUCUCUGCGGAAGCACGUGAAGACUGUCCACGGCCCUGAGGCUCACAUCACCAAAAAGCAUAGAGGAGACACUGGGCCUCGGCAGCCAGGCUCAUCACUGACACCUGGUGGACAGCGUGGUGAACUGCUGCUGGAGAAAGAAGAGGCUGGACACAGGGAGGACUGCAAACUGCUGGCACCUGAGAGCACUCUGAAGUCUCAGCCCAGCCCGGGUGGCCAGUCUUCCUGCAGUAGCGAGCGCUCUCCACUGGGGAGCGCCAACAACAACGACAGCGGUGUGGAGAUGAACCUGAAUGCAGCUGGCAGUCUGGAGGACCUGACCGCUCUGGAGGACGGAGGGGCAGGAGGAGGCUGCGAGGCGGGGUGCUCAGGGGCAGGGAUGGGGGGCAUGUCAGCACAUGCCCUGAAGAGACUAGAGAGCCUGAAGAUAGAGAAGCUGAAACAGGUCAGAAGACCAACUCCGCCCGGAUGCUGUGGUGGGGGGAACAAGCUGCCUGCACUCACAGGAGGUCCAGGGGAGAUGAUGGGAGGGAUGUGUUCUCCCUCGCCCCUCCUCUCCAACCGCCGAGUCAUGGAACUGUCCAAUCACGAGCUGGGGGGUGGAUCCUCUGGCAUGGUCUGUCCUAUCAGUGACCGGAGGGGGAGUGGCACCAGCAGCAUGAGCUCGGCCUACACAGUGAGCCGUCGUUCUUCCAUGGUUUCCCCCUACCUCUCCAGCCGACGCUCCAGCGAGGUCUCCCAGCUAGGAGGAGGGGGAGCUGCGGGAGGAGGAGGCGGAGCAGGGUUCCUGGGUUCUGACCAGGGAGGAGGUGACCCCCUCCCCCCUGAGACCAGCUGCAGAGGAGCACCCUGCCGUGGUGUAGGAGGGGUAGGAGGAGGGUUACCAGAGAUGUCUAGUCUAACGCCAGCCCAGCAGUACAGCCUGAAGGCUAAGUACGCAGCAGCCACUGACGGCCCACCCCCCACCCCACUACCCAGUAUGGAGCAGGGACCGGGAACAGCCAGGAGGAGAGGAGGCUUCCUCAGCGAGUACCAGGGUCAGCCGCUGCCAGCGUUCCUGCAGUAUGGCGGUCCCAGGAGACAAAGUGCCAACACGGGAGAGUAUGGCACCGGAGUCAUCUACCCCCACCAAGUCCCAGGGAAUGUCACCCGGCGCUCCAGUGACCCCGUCCGCUCCUCUGGCAACCCCCAUGCACUUCCCAAGGUGCAACGCUUCAAUAGCCUGAACAACCUGGCCAUGAUGGGCCGGAGGAACGCCCUGCAGCAUUGUGGGUCAGACGCCAACAUCAGCCGCCAUAUGUUAUCCCCGCGGCCACCUAGCAUCACAGAGAACGUCAUGAUGGAGGCCAUGGCCAUGGACGCCCACGGUGGGACCGUGGAUAACAGGGACCAUGGCAUGAUGCUUCCCCCAGGAGAGAGAGGCUUCCUGGGCUACCAGAACCACCACAUGGGGGGUCCCUCCAGCCAGUUAUCACCCAGCCACGACAGCCUGGGCUGCCCAGAGCAGGGCUAUCAGCGAGCGACAGAGACGUCCAUGCAGGGUGGGCACUACCAGGGUACUACCAGGGGACCAGGCCAGAUGGAGCCAGGGGGACCCAUCCACUCAGAGGGGAUGUCCAACACCUUGCUACAGCAGGCUGAGUACAGCAUGAGUACCUGCCAGCUCAGCCCCUCUGAACCACACUACCCCCGCCUGGGCCAGGGAGGGCCCGAUGGAGGUGUAGGGCCCUGGGAGGAGAGCAGUCAGGUCCAGACCCCUCAUGGAGCUCUCCAGACAGGGAUGCAGUACCAGGACCAGGGCUCUAUGCAGGGCCAAGUCCAGACACAGGGUCUCUACAGCAGCCAGCAGAGUCUGUACACCCAAGGCCCAGAUGGAGGCCACCAGAAUCUGAACAUCAAACCAGAGCAGCAGCAGUAUCAUCCAGCCCUUGCCAACCCAGACGCCUGCCAAAAGCAGCACCAACACCAACAACAGCAGAGGCCCCACCCAGGGCAGACACCCAUGCCCAUGGGACCCAUGUCCCCUCAGAGUUACCCCCAGCCGGGGCAACCUGGCCAAGGCAUGAUGAGGACUAUUAACCCAUCCUGUAACUUCCAUGGUGGAGGGAUGGAGAACCAGAUCCAGGUCUCCAUGCAGCAGGGACAGCAGCAAAGCGGGGGCCUCAGCGUGGGGUCGGCUGGUCUGGGGCCUGGGGGCCGGUCUCAGACACCAAUGAUGCAGGUGAAGGAGAUGAUGGUGAGGAACUAUGUGCAGUCGCAGCAGGCUCUACUGUGGGGUCAGGAGCAGGACCAGAGGGGGAUAGCAGCAGAGGGAAAACCCCUUCCUUUGUCAGACAGCAUGGACAUGACAGGACAACAGGUGGCCAUGAUGCAUCAGCAGCCUAGUCCCCAGCAACAACACCAACACCAUCCCCAGCAACAACACCAGCCUCAGCAACAACACCAGCCCCAGCAACAACACCAACACCAGCCACAACACCAACACCAUCCCCAGCAACAACACCAACACCAGCCCCAGCAACAACACCAACACCAGCAACAACACCAACACCAGCCCCAGCAACAACACCAACAAAGCCUCUACCCCAAGCCAGACUCCAGCUUCCCAGGCUAUUCCACCAACCAGAACCUGAUGAUCCCCCUAGGCCAUAGCCGAGGAGGCCCCAGCUCCGGCUCCUCCAUCCCCUCUAACGAGGUCCCCAUGAUGAGCCUGCCUGGAGGGCCAGGGUCCUGCUACAGCCAGGAAAUGGGAGUCCCUGUGGUCCCUAGACCACCCCAGGGCCGGAAGCCUCUCAUCAGGCAGAAUAGCCUCCAGUCCCAGCCAGGAGGAGGGUACCUGGGCAGUCCUCCACACGUCAGCCCAGUCCAGUCUACCUCCAGCCCAAGGAGAGCAGUCCGACUGCCCCCUGUCCAGCGUUCUCAGCCCCAUCGGGAGAUCUUCUCUCCCUCCAACAAUAGCAACAUGUAUUACUGGGGCCAGAUCCACAUGCAGCACCCUGACAUGGACAAGCAGCAGAUCCAAAUCCAGCGGAUCACCCAUCCUCACCAGGACCCAACCCAGACCGGGCCCUGCCUCAACCAGCACCAGGGGCACCUGGUGACCCAUAUGGACCAUCAGCGGAACAAGUCUGCCCAGCUGGGCUACCUCCAUGACCAUGGGUCCACCCCCAUCUCCAAUGCUCUGGAGAACGUGGAUCUGGAUAAUGCCCAGAUAGACUUUACCUCCAUCAUUGAUGACCCAGACCCCUCGUCCUUCAGCCCCGUCAAUCCACUUCUCCAUGGGGGUUCAUCCCAGACCUCGUCUCGUCUCACCACCCCACAGACCUCCACCACCCUGCCCUCCUCUGUGCUCCCCAACAUGGCUGUAGGGGACAUGACCUCCAUGCUCACCUCUCUGGCUGAUGAGAACAAGUACCUGAAUACGUUGUCUUAGAACCUGAACAUGCUCAUAAAGUUGACUAGAGGGGCUCAUCUAUCUGUCUCGAGAGACUAAGUAACUGAAGAUACUAUCGUAGUACAAGUACCUAGACUUUCCUAGAGUGGACCCUAGGGCCACAGCCCGUUGGUGUUAGCUUACCACUUACCACUAACAUAAAGUUACAGGAAAUGACUGUGGAGAGUAAAGGUACUGAAAAGAUGUCCCCUUUCUCUUGGCCUCACGCAGACGUGUUCUGUCCCUGGCCAGGAUGAACAGAUACACAGUAGCUACUCCUUAGAGGACUUAGAGCCAAACCAAAGGUGCCUACUGAUCUUGAUCACUGUGUUCUCUUGUCUCACGAGAAGAUCACUGACUUUGGAGUUGCUUUGUACAAUACUGUUGCUUGGUACAAUACUGUUGCUCGUUACAAUACUGUUGCUUGGUACAAUACUGUUGCUUGGUACAAUACUGUUGCUCGGUUCAAUACUGUUGCUCAGUACAAUACUGUUGCUUGGUACAAUACUGUUGCUCGUUACAAUACUGUUGCUUGGUACAAUACUGUUGCUCGGUACAAUACUGUUGCUCGGUACAAUACUGUUGCUCGGUACAAUACUGUUGCUCGGUACAAUACUGUUGCUUAGUACAAUACUGUUGCUUGGUACAAUACUGUUGCUUGGUACAAUACUGUUGCUUGGUACAAUACUGUUGCUUAGUACAAUACUGUUGCUCGGUACAAUACUGUUGCUCUGUACAAUACUGUUGCUUGGUACAAUACUGUUGCUUGGUACAAUACUGUUGCUUGGUACAAUACUGUUGCUCGGUACAAUACUGUUGCUCGACAUAAUACUGUUGCUUGACACAGAACUGUUUGCCUGAAAUGACUGUCAUCACCAUAACAACGUCAUCGCCGUAAUGACAUCAUCACCAUAAUGACGGUCAUUUCAGUCAUAGAGGUUGUUUAGGGCAACAGAGAGGGUACCAUCAUGUAAAUGAGUUAUACAUGUAUAUGCUGUGUAUAUGACAAUGUUGACAGGGAUGGAACUCUAAUGUCUGUCUCGUGGACUGGACUCCAAGGCCUCACUCUUCUGGAAUGAGACCGGAGGAAAACAGAGCUGCUCCAAGGAAGAAUGUAAAAAGAAAAUGACUGAUAGACACCUGAGUGCUUUGAAGAUUCAUCUAUAUUCCCAGGGACACACUCCUGUCAGGGACACACACACACGAUAGUGAUGACACACACACACAUAGUGAUGGCACACACAUAAUGAUGACACACACACAUAAUGAUGACACACACACGAUAGUGAUGACACACACAAAAUGAUGACACACACAUAAUGAUGACACACACACGAUAGUGAUGACACAAGCACAUAGUGAUGACACACAUACAUAAUAAUGACACACACGAUAGUGAUGACACAAGCACAUAGUGAUGACACACACAUAAUGAUGACACACACACAUAAUGAUGACACACACACGAUAGUGAUGACACACACAAAAUGAUGACACACACAUAAUGAUGACACACACACGAUAGUGAUGACACACACACACAUAGUGAUGGCACACACAUAAUGAUGACACACACACAUAAUGAUGACACACACAAAAUGAUGACACACACAUAAUGAUGACACACACACGAUAGUGAUGACACAAGCACAUAGUGAUGACACACAUACAUAAUAAUGACACACACGAUAGUGAUGACACAAGCACAUAGUGAUGACACAAGCACAUAGUGAUGACACACACGAUAGUGAUGACACAAGCACAUAGUGAUGACACAAGCACAUAGUGAUGACACACAUACAUAAUAAUGACACACACGAUAGUGAUGACACAAGCACAUAGUGAUGACACAAGCACAUAGUGAUGACACAAGCACAUAGUGAUGACACAAGCACAUAGUGAUGACACAAGCACAUAGUGAUGACACACACACACACAUCAUAAUGAUCAACAUAUCGUAUCAGUAUUCAGGCAGAGGCCCUUUUUGGCAUGAAUCUGCUUCCAUACUCUGAAUGUGUUGUACGCUAAAGAGCCCAUGUUUUUAGAAAGCUUGUUUACACCCCAUACAAGUUACACGUUUACUCUUGUUAAGUGUCCCUAAAGCAGCUCACUCUUUUAGAAGUAUAGGAGUUAUCGGGGAGGAAUAUAAAAAGUGUCUUUUAGUCUUAACGUAAUAAUGGGGCAUAAGAGGUACAGAGAAUAAAAGAGAGAUGGGGAGGGAGAGAGAGAAAGGUUGGCACCACCGAAUGAUCUAAAACAUCAAGUCUAUUUUUGGGCAGUGCAGUCUCACAGGACCGAACUCCAUCACCUACCGUACGUACUGUUGUAUACAGGGUCUUAACGAUGCCUUCACUUACCCUGAACAUGUUCAACAGGGUUUACUGCGUUGAGGUAGUGUAUCUGAGGUACUUUAACGUGUAUAGGACUGAGCUGCAGGAUUUGUGGCCCUCUUGACUAUAGCGAUCGAAUCAGUCUACCCAAUAUGCUGUCGUUGACAACAAAAAAUAUGGGUAGGAACGUUUCAUAGAGGAUAUUUUUAUACCGAUGACAGCCUGUUCGGAACCAAUGACCAGUAGAACUGAUAUCACAUGACAGGACAUCAUAUCGUAGCAUUACACUGACUGCAGCAUAGCAAGGCACACCAACAGAGGGUAUCUCUCUCUCCUUGGCUUUGUGACAGUCCAAGAGGCCAACACAUACAGGAGGCCUAUGUGGCUAUGAUUUCACGUAAAUGUCACCUUUGGAGGACAAUGAAAAGUACCUUACAGUAGUAUCUAUCUGUUUGAAUUGUAAUUCUAGAUCACCUUUACACACAUUUACGGUAGAUCCUACGAGGCUGUCUUUCAUUUCAGUAUUGGUGCCUUUUUUUAAAUCCUGUUCGGUCACGAUUAGUACUGUUCUGUAGUUGUUAAUAUAACAUUAGGGCCUAGAGUUAGUCGUCAUGGAAACUCCUGGUCCUAUCCAUGACUAACCGUUGACAUUUGAGCUAGUUUGCGAAAACUGUGUACAGACUUUCCGGGCCAACCAAAGACGAUUUGAACUAAUAAUAUUCAAUGAAUAAAAAUAAAAGAUGCACCAAUUCAUUUGACACAAUACUGAUAAUCACAGUACAGCGAUGAAGGUGUGAACGGUUUGAUACCGCUGUUACUUAGAAUGUAUGAUUUUUUUUAUUUUAAUAAAAGUAACACGUUCUAUUUUUGGGGGUUUUUAUAACAACACUUUAUCAUGGAUAUGUUUCUCUGUGUAGUGUGUUUUGACACCUGUCUGUCACCGUUCAAUCAUGACGUUUUGCUGGCAAAAUAAUAUUAUUUUAAGCAACAAUGGCUAUAAUAGUAGCGUUUUACUAUAUACACGACAGCCGAGUGAUAUAUUUUAUACAAAUGUACUAUAUUUUACCAGUUAUUAAGAAAUAAACAUGUUCAACUUGG